AUGAUCGCCGCCACCCGCCAAAUGCAAGAGCAGUGCCAAGAGAUGCGGACCCACCUCUACUCUACCUUCGUGUAUCUGACGAAAGCUUUCAAUUUGGUGAAUCGUGAAGGACUGUGGAAAAUCAUGCAGAAAUUCGGCUGUCCUGAGAGAUUCACCCAGAUGGUGCGUCAGCCUUACGAUGACAUGACGACACGUGGGACGGACAAUGAAACCCUUCCAAAAGCAUUCGCAGUGACCAACGGAGUGAAGCAGGGCUGCGUCCUCGCGCCUACAAUCUUCAGACACACGUUCUCUGCCAUGCAAAUGAACGCGUAUCGUGACAAACGCCCCAGGAUCCGCAUCGCCUACAGGACGGGCGGCCAACUCCUCAACCGUCGGCUGCUGCGCUUUCAGUCAUGUGUAUCCACAACUAUCGUUCAUGAACUUCUCUUUGCCAACGACUGUGCCCUCAACACCAUCUCGAAAGGGGACAUGAAAAGGAGCAUGGAACUCCUCGCCGCCGCCCGUGACAACUUCGGUUUAGUCAUCAACACGGAGAAAACGGUGGUUAUGCACCAAACGCCACCCGACCAUGCCUACGCUGUACCCCAAAGAAACGUGAACGGCACAUAG